CUGGGGAAGGAAUUUGCCGACGUACCCGGAACUGUUUCCAAGGUUUCCUCGGGUUCUGGCGGAGGUACUGCUGCCGGUCCUGGGAGCCGAGGCAACGGAGAAUUUUCCCAGGCUCGCGCGAGCGCCCCCUUCACCCACGGAUUCAGGGACCCAGCAAUAGCGAUGGCUCCGGUGUCUGGCUCCCGCAGCCCGGAGUGGGAGGCCUCGAGCUCCGGGGGGAAGCGUCGCAGUUCUUCGAAGAGCCCUAAGCCUAGCAAAUCCUCUCGCUCCCCGCGCGGCCGCCGCUCUCGCUCGCGCUCUUGCUCUCGGUCCGGGGACCGGAAUGGCCUCAGCCAUCAGCUGACUGGCUCCAGCCAAGGCUCCCGAAACCAGUCCUACCGUUCGCGCUCGCGAUCACGCUCUCGAGAGCGGCCCUCCGCACCGCGCGGCGCCCCUUUCGCUUCUGCCUCCUCGUCUGCCUAUUAUGGCGGCUACUCACGCCCCUACGGGAGCGACAAGCCGUGGCCUAGCCUCCUGGACAAGGAGAGGGAGGAGAGCUUGCGGCAGAAGAGACUAAGUGAGAGAGAGAGGAUUGGAGAAUUGGGAGCUCCUGAAGUGUGGGGACUUUCUCCAAAGAAUCCAGAACCAGACUCUGAUGAACACACACCAGUAGAGGAUGAAGAGCCAAAGAAAAGCACCAGUUCAGCUUCUACUUCAGAAGAAGAAAAGAAGAAGAAGAAGAAGUCUAGUCAUUCAAAAGAAAGAUCCAAGAAAAGGAGGAAGAAAAAAUCAUCUAAAAGAAAACACAAGAAGUAUUCUGAUGAUAGUGACAGCGACUCUGAUUCUGACACAGACUCCAGUGAUGAAGAUACAAAAAGGAGAACAAAGAAAGCCAAGAAAAAGGAAAAGAAGAAGAAACACAGAUCGAAGAAAUAUAAGAAAAAGAAGUCUAAGAAGAACAGAAAAGAUUCCAGUGACUCAAGUUCUAAAGAGUCCCAAGAAGAGUUUCUGGAGAAUCCUUGGAAGGAUCGAUCAAAGCCUGAAGAACCCUCAGAUUUGAUUGGCCCGGAGGCUCCCAAAACACUUGCCUCUCAAGAUGAUAAACCUCUGAACUAUGGCCAUGCUCUGUUACCCGGUGAAGGUGCAGCUAUGGCUGAAUAUGUAAAAGCUGGAAAACGUAUCCCACGAAGAGGUGAAAUUGGCUUGACAAGUGAAGAAAUUGCAUCAUUUGAAUGUUCAGGUUAUGUAAUGAGUGGUAGCAGGCAUCGCCGAAUGGAAGCUGUGCGUCUGCGAAAAGAGAACCAGAUCUAUAGUGCUGAUGAGAAGAGAGCCCUUGCAUCCUUUAACCAAGAAGAGAGACGAAAGAGAGAAAACAAGAUCCUGGCCAGUUUUCGAGAGAUGGUAUACAGAAAAACUAAAGGGAAAGAGGACAAAUAAGGAUUUUCUGAUUGUCCAUCAGACAUUUUUAACAACGAAAAAGAAAGUUUGGGUUCCAUAUAUACACACAAAAAAAGAUUAUGAUCUGAAAAAGCUUUACAGUGCUACUGUGCCUUCUAUUUAAUUCUUUCAGUCCUAUAAAAAAAGCUGCGUAUUGAUAUAACUUUAGCAAGCUCUUUGGGUUAUUUUGGAUUAACCAAAACAACUUUCUGGUUUAAAAAUCCAAAUUAUGAGUGAAAUUCUACUGUGUUGGGGGAGGAGGCAUUGAGAGAAAGUGCUGGUGAAAUGAGGAACUGAACUCUUACAUUAUGGGACAGUGCUGCCACGAGUUCUACAUGAUGCCCACCCCAGCUGAACUUGUGGAAGUUAUCAUUCCUCUAUGUUGAAUGUCAUAAAGGGACUUGAUAGAAACAUACAGGAGGCCACUUUUGUUAACAGAAAGAAGGCAUGGCUGAAAAAAAGCAAAUUUAGAAUUUGAAGAUUGACUUAUUACAAUGUGUUGUCUGCUCUGGAAAUAAUGUAUUUCGAUUUUAGUCCCUACCUCCACCCCCAGACCAACCAACAGACCAAACAGCAAACUAACCCACAGACUUACUGAACUGAAAAUGUGAACAUUAAGUUUAAAAUUCUUAACAGGUUACUUAAGAAUGGCUCUUUCAAAUAUAAAAUAUUGGGAAGUCUAUUGUGUAAAUGUAAGUACAUUAUUUCCAUCUGAACUGUGUUUAGAUCAUUAUUUGAACACUGUAAAUGAAUAGGAAUCAAUAAUAAUCAGGAGUUUAAUAAGGAAAAAUAUAAUGAAUCAUUGCUUUAACUUCAUUAUGUCAUAAGGAUGAAGAUAAUGUGAUAUUAAAAUUUUUUUAUGUCUGUACUUCAUGUAAAUGCAGAUUUCAUUUUAAACAUUCUUAAACUUUUCAGUUUCUCUUUUACAUCUGUCAUUCAGGUUAACUUCUCACUUUAUCACUUUUUUAUGGCUACUGUUGACUUUUGACUUUGGGAAAAAUGAAAAAUUCUGGGACUAUGAGAUCAUGAUCUUUUUCUUCCCUCCUUUUGUUCAAGUUUAGUUGUUAAGACAUAGGAGGGAAGUGGGAAGGGGAUAGUAGAAGUUUUGGCUGUUUUUGUUAAGGUUGUUUUGAACUGCAUUAUUAUGUGCCUAAGAUAAGUAUAAAUUAUCUGAAUGAUGGGGAAUUUCAGACUCUGCUGUUAUAAAAUGCCCUCUCUCUUUAUAAGCUAACUUCCCAGAUGACUCAGAUGGUAAAGAGUCUGCCUGCAAUGCAGAAGACCUGGGUCAGGAAGAUCUUCUGGAGAAGGGAAUGGCAAUCCACUCCAGUAUUAUAAUAGUUGAAAGUUUUUUUUUUUUAAGUUUUAAAACAAAACAGUGAAAGUAUACUUGAUAUACUUUAUUAAAGUAUAGAUAAAAAACUUACUACUUAACAUAUAUUCUAGGAAAAUGUCUACCUUUAACCCACAAUUAAUGAACUAAACAGCCAGUUGGCAUGUGGCAACAUUUAUGAUGCCUGAAUUUGAAGUGAUUGUGAUUUAUCAUCAUUGUUGCCUAGCCUAAUCUAUUAUUUCCAAAAGUUGAAACUAGGUCCCAAAUUUGUGAGUCAUAAUCUGUCCAUUUCCCUGUGUAAUAAAACAUAAAUUUUUAUUUCCCAUUUAAAAAUUUUAUUCUCAGGAAUUCCCCAGUAGUCCAGUGGUGAGGACUCCAUGCUUUCACUGCCAAGGGCCCAACUGCAGUCCUUUGUCAGGGAACUGAGAUGCCACAAACUGCAAAAGGGGGACACAUUUUUAAAAAAUUUUGUUCUCUAAGAACAUUAGUUUUUGUUACUAGUUCCUAGAGACUGAAUGGGGUUGUUCUCUGAUUUUCAUUCAGUAGGCAAGGUAGUUUAAAUGCAACAGUUGUUAAAAACUUUUUAUUUUGUAUUGGACUAUAGCUGAUUAACAAUGUCAUGAUAGUUUCUGGUGGACAGCAAAGGGGCUCAGCCAUAAAUAAACAUGUAUUCAUUCUUCCCCAAAUUCUCCUCCCAUCCAGCCUGCCACAUAACAUUGAGCAGAGUUCCCUGUGCUGUACAGUAGUCCUUGUUGGUUACCCAUUAUGAAAUAUAGCAGUGUAUAUGUGUCAAUUCCAAACUCCCUAACCCUUACCCCCAUCCUUCCCCCUAAAUGUAACAAUUUUGUGAUAUGUGAAUAUUAUGAAUAUCCAUUGGAUUCUCCUGUAUCCUCCACAGAGUAGAUACUCAAUAAAUGCUUAUUGAGUAA